CGGCGCCCGCGCAGGCCCGGCCGCGGCCCAGGACUUGGGGCCCUGGCAGAGUGACGUCUCAGCCCUGGGUGUCCUCUUCAGCUGAGCCAUGGCUACCCCGGACGUCAGCGUGCACAUGGAGGAGGUGGUGGUGGUGACGACGCCUGACACCGCAGUCGACGGCAGCGGCGUGGAGGAAGUCAAGACGGUGCUGGUGACGACCAACUUGGCUGCUCAUGGGGGCGACCUGAGCGAGGACAACAUGGAGACUGAGAACGCGGCGGCGGCCGCUGCAGCUGCCUUCACCGCGUCCUCGCAGCUCAAGGAGGCCGUGCUAGUGAAGAUGACGGAAGAGGGGGAGAGCCUGGAGGCUGAGAUCGUGUACCCCAUCACCUGCGGGGACAGCAGGGCCAGCCUGAUCUGGAGGAAGUUCGUGUGCCCUGGCAUCAACGUCAAGUGUGUGCAGUAUGAUGAGCACGUCAUCAGCCCCAAGGAGUUUGUGCACCUGGCCGGAAAGUCCACCCUGAAGGACUGGAAGAGGGCCAUCCGGAUGAAUGGCAUCAUGCUCAGGAAGAUCAUGGACUCCGGGGAGUUGGACUUCUACCAGCACGACAAGGUCUGCUCCAACACCUGCCGCAGCACCAAGAUCGACCUCUCGGGCGCCCGCGUGUCCCUGAGCAGCCCCACAUCCGCGGAGUACCUCCCACUCACCCCCGCCACGGCCGACGUGAACGGCUCUCCUGCUACUAUCACCAUAGAGACCUGCGAGGACCCCGGCGACUGGACCAUGGCCAUCGGAGACGACACGUUUGCCUUCUGGCGAGGGCUCAAGGACGCCGGCCUGCUGGACGAGGUCGUACAGGAGUUCCACCAGGAGAUGGUGGAGACCAUGAAAGGCCUGCAGCAGCGGGUGCAGGACCCUCCCUUGCAGCUCCGAGACGCUGUGCUGCUCAACAACAUCGUGCAGAACUUCGGCAUGCUGGACUUGGUGAAGAAGGUGCUGGCUAGCCACAAGUGCCAGAUGGACCGCUCGCGGGAGCAGUACGCCCGGGACCUGGCCGCCCUGGAGCAGCAGUGUGAUGAGCACCGCCGACGGGCCAAGGAGCUGAAGCACAAGUCCCAGCACCUCAGCAACGUGCUCAUGACCCUGACGCCCGUGUCCCUGCCGCCCCCCAUGAAGCGUCCCCGGCUUGCAAGGGCCACAUCUGGGCCGGCUGCCGUCGCCUCGCAGGUGCUCACCCAGUCCGCCCAGAUUGCCCUCAGCCCAGGUGUGCCCGUCUCCCAGAUGACCAGCGUGCCACUCGGCAAAGUGAUGUCCACCCUGCCCUCCCCAGUGCUGGGCAAGGGCUGCCCCCAGGCGGCUCCCACCAGCUCCCCUGCCUCGCCACUGCUCGGGGGCUACACGGUGCUGGCCUCAUCGGGCACCUCCUUUCCGGGCACAGUGGAGAUCCACCCAGACGCGUCCAGCCUCACGGUGCUGAGCACGGCCGCCAUGCAGGACGGCAGCACUGUGGUCAAGGUGGUCAGCCCCUUGCAGCUGCUCACCCUGCCCGGCCUGGGCCCCACCCUGCAGAACGUGGCCCAGGUGUCGCCCGGGGGCAGCACCAUCGUGACAGUGCCCACGGGGGCGGUGGAGAGCGCCGUGGCCGCGCCGGGGCCUGAGGAGCACACGGCCACCAUCGAGGUGGCCGCCAUGGCCGAGGGCCACGAGCACAAGUAGCUGCUGGCCGAGGGCGAGGCCCUCGUGGGCACAGGACUGGCCCUCUCAGGCCACGGCGCAGCAUGUGGGGCUGCGGAACCAAAGAGGAGGCGCCAAGAUGGAGGAGAGGGGCAGGAGGCGGCAGCGCAGGGGCGCCCGCUGGGCUCCGAGUUCUGAACCUGUUUCUCGGGAAAUAUAUUUUUCCAUCUGUUGCUUCUUAAUACUGUUUACACCUUGGGCCCGACCAGGAGCCUGACGAGGACACACAGGUCUCGCAGCAGGGACGGCAGGCAGUGCCCGGGAGGGCUGUUGCGCAGCGGGGCCUGGCGCUCGCGAUG